CUAUCCUGAUCUAGGCUUUUUUCAUUGUUAUUUCUCCUCCUUUUGUUCGACUUCAUUUUGCCCUCUUUUCGGCCAUACCUUUUCCUUCCCUUAUUUCCUCACUCCUUUCUCCUUUCGGGGGUGAUCUUCGCGGCGGUUGGCUUUUCGCUCUCCUGGCCAUUCCUACCACGUCGUUUGACUCGCGCUUCCUUUUUGCCCCUGGUCGGUGAUAUCGAUUAUUUUCAUUCGUCCUAAUUUGCUUUGUCCCCUCUUCCUUAGCUAGGGGGCUAUCACGUCCGGACCGUUCGUGUUCCUCGCCAUGCAAACCUCCGAUGCCUCCAGCAUUCCGAGUCGUUUGAUCCCUUCCAAGUUUUCUCACCUCACCGCGGACGAUACUGGUUUCUCUCACGGGGCUUACAACUCCAAUAGCUUUCCUCUGCAGGGUUUGACGGACCGGAACGCUCGUCGAGCUAAUAUCCCUGCCAUCAACACCGCCGCCAGUCAGAACAACUCCGACCACAUGGCAGCCUCCGGCACCGCGUUCGACAUGAACUUCACCCCUCUGUUACCGUCCCAAUUAUUGCUCGGAAGUCCUUUCCAACCCGGAACUCCAUCUGCUUUUGCCUCCCCCCACUUCGCCAGCUUUGGUAGCUUUCCCCAAGGCAAUACGUCUGCACACGUGCAGAGCCACCAGAAUCAGUUGGGAAGCCCAACGCAGGCCUCGCAGAAUGCCAACCUUUACUCAGGGAUGAUGUCUGCGGAUGGCAUGGGAAGCUCCCAGUUAUUAGGGGGCCCUCAAUCGCCGGUUGGUGGCAUGGGCGGCUUGGGUAAUGCGGCGUUCGGAAGUCCUGCCGCGUCGGUAACUCCGGGUCUCCUCUCAGGUACGAGUCGAACCGUGUACCUGGGCAAUAUUCCGGCGGAAACUUCUGCUGAAGAAAUCUUGAACCAUGUCCGCAGUGGUCAGAUCGAAUCCGUACGGUUGCUCCCUGACAAGAAUUGUGCUUUCAUCUCCUUCCUGGACAGUAACUCGGCGACGCACUUCCACUCAGAUGCCAUCUUGAAGAAGCUUGCCAUCAAAGGUAAUGACAUUAAGGUCGGCUGGGGUAAGCCCUCUCAGGUACCUACCUCAGUUGCCCUGGCGGUGCAGCAGUCGGGGGCGUCACGGAACGUCUACCUUGGCAACCUGCCGGAGGAGAUGUCGGAGGAUGAGUUACGCGAAGAGCUGGGGAAAUUCGGUCCGAUUGAUACUGUGAAAAUUGUGAAGGAGAAGGCAAUUGGUUUCGUACAUUAUUUGUCUAUUAGCAACGCGAUGAAAGCCGUCUCACAACUGCCCCAAGAGGCCAAAUGGCAGGCACCCAGGCGUGUAUUCUACGGUAAGGAUCGGUGUGCAUAUGUUUCCAAAACACAGCAACAGAAUGCGGCUCAGUUCCUGGGCAUCGCGCCAGGGUACGCGCACAUCCUGAACUCAGCAGAUCGGGAUCUGAUCACGAACGCACUCGCCCAGCAGUCCGUUGCGGCUGCGGCCGUUGCUACUUCUGCCGGUGGUGUUAACAACCUGGGUAACCGAACAAUCUACCUAGGCAACAUCCAUCCUGAAACCACCAUCGAAGAGAUUUGCAACGUAGUGCGUGGCGGCCUCUUGCAUCAUAUUCGCUACAUUCCCGACAAGCAUAUCUGCUUCGUCACCUUUAUCGACCCGACCUCAGCUGCCUCUUUCUAUGCCUUGAGUAACCUACAAGGACUCAUGAUCCACAACCGUCGUUUGAAAAUCGGCUGGGGCAAGCACUCAGGGCCACUCCCCCCGGCUAUUGCCCUUGCUGUAAGCGGUGGUGCCUCCCGAAAUGUGUACGUCGGUAACCUCGAUGAGACUUGGUCGGAAGAACGCCUUCGCCAAGACUUCUCCGAAUAUGGAGAAAUCGAGCUAGUGAACACAUUGCGCGAGAAGAGCUGUGCUUUCGUGAACUUCACCAAUAUCGCCAACGCCAUCAAAGCGAUUGAGGGAAUGCGAAACCGGGAGGAGUAUAAGCGGUUUAAGAUCAACUUUGGCAAGGAUCGCUGUGGCAACCCGCCUCGCCAAACAAGUAAUGGUGGACAGCAAAAUCGCAACAACGGGCUGGAGGGGCCUCAGUCGCCCUCGCCAGCGCUCAAUGGGUUCCAGCAGAAUUUGAGUCACUCUGGCUCUCAGUCCAGCCCAACCCGAUCCGCCCUCUCUCCUGCCCCUGGCUCGACAGGUUCACAAAAUGGCCAGCAGGGCCGGCACCCGCUGCAGACUGUUACAUCACCCUCUGGAAUGUUGAAUGUUGGAUCCAAUAACCCAUUAACCAUGUACCUUAGCCAAAUGUCUGCCCAGCAAGCUCAGGAACAAGAGAACCGUCUGAACGACUCUAUCUCCCUCGCUGCUUUGCAGUCGCAGUCGCAACCCGCACCUCAGCAACAACCCCUCUAUAACGGCACAGCGACCAGCGAGCUCACCAACGGAAGCAUUGAAGCACCGCUCCAUCAGCACAAGCCGUCUACCAACGGAUUUUUGAAUGUCACCAAUGGCUCUAGCGGCCCUGGCCAUCACGCCACUGCCAGCACCAGCAGCUUAAGCGUCCCACGCGCGCAGCACUCUCGGGCUGUCAGCUUGCCGUCAUUCUCUCAGGAGCCAUUUGGUCCUAUCUCGGGUCAGGCUGGACAUAGCCGCGCUGCUGUAGCUCACCAACCGCAAAGCAGCUUUUCCAGCUUUACGUCAGCCCUAGGGGGCCUCAAUCAUGCCGGGUUUGGACUGGCCAUCCAGAACGAAAGUUCGCUACCCGGCUGGGCUGAGGAAGAGAUUGGAGCCAAAUAAUUCCAUCUUAAUAUUUCGAGGGAUCCUUUCCUUCCCUCUUCCAUUCUUAUGGGUGCAUCAUUUUUAACUAUUAACAUUUUUACUUGACGCUUUCUCUUCAUCAUGUUGAUUUAUUGUUUUGAAACCACCACCCAUUGAUUCCUUUCUUUGUAUUGGUUUGUUCUACAGUAUUUCUGUCCUUCCCCUCUAUUUUCUGUGCAAAUUUCGUUCUCAGCCAACCCAUCUUACACCCUUUAAUACUUUUUUUAUACCAUCCUUGUAUUGCUAGCUGGGUAUGAUAUUCUUUCUCUUCAGUUCUUCUUUUGGUUGUUUCAGU